UUUUGGUUUGUCGAAAAUUGUAGACGAUCAGGUAACAAUGAAGACUGUGUGUGGGACUCCAGGCUAUUGUGCUCCUGAGAUUUUGCGGGGAUGUGCCUAUGGCCCUGAGGUUGACAUGUGGUCUGUGGGAGUUAUCACGUACAUUUUGUUAUGUGGUUUUGAGCCCUUUUUUGAUGACAGAGGAGACCAGUACAUGUUUAAACGCAUCCUGAACUGUGAAUAUGAAUUUGUCUCCCCCUGGUGGGACAAUGUGUCUCUCAAUGCCAAGGACCUUGUGAGUAAAUCUCAAUAUUUAUAAAUCACUAA